UAUCCAAACACGGAAGUGACCAUGACACAAAUCAUCAUGGCUGACCUGGGAAACCUCGACAUUUUCUUAUUUGUCAAAUUAUUUCAUCUUAUCUGACACUAUUAGUAGUCUUGACGACAGAAGCAUUUCAGCGAAACUAUGUCGUCUUUUCAAACCGCUAUGCUUUUGUUUUUUGCGGUUACAUCGGCUAUCGUCGCCGUUCUCUUCCAAGCUGGCGCCAUGCCUCCGAGCUCGGCUGUGGCAGCAGCCGUUGGCGUGGGCUCGUUGGUGGGUGCGUCGCUGCUAUGGAGGGACGUCCGCUCCAAGGUGAGAGGCGAAGGCCGGGCCCUGGGAAGUUUGCUCGGCCAGUACCUGGCCAUGAAGGCGGUGGGAUGGCUGGGAAGGCGGCAGCGUUCCAAGCUGGAAGCCGACACAUUGGACGUGAGGACGGUCCAGGAGGAGACCCUGCUUAGCCGCCUCCGGAAGAACGAAAACACACUCUAUGGGAAACGGUUUGACUUCGGUUCAAUUAAAGACAGUGACACCUUUCGCGCACGCCAUCCCAUUACCACGUACCAGCAUUAUCGUGAACUGGUCAGUCGCGUGGCAUCGGGAGAGGACGGCGUGCUCACGGCUGAGAAACCCCUCGUCCUAGCCAUGACUUCCGGGACGUCUGGACCUAGCGCCAUGCUGCUAAGCACCAAAGACACCAACAGUGACUUCUUCCUUCAGGGUGUGGCGGUGUGUCUGGACGCCAUGCAGCGAGCGUUCCCGGCCACAGACAGCCUGCAACGCACCACCAAGUUCUUCUACACGCCGACGUUCCGCCAGUCCCAGGCCGGCAUUCCGAUCGGGCCUAAUUCGUCCACGCCGGCCUCUUCUCGACACAUGCUACACCUUUACACGACACCAGCGGCUGCCUUCAAGGUGAAGAAUGAGAAGGACGUGCUCUACCUGCAUCUUCUCUUUGCACUAAGGGAUCCUAGUGUGGGGACGCUUGAGUCCAACUUUGCCUCCAGCGUCUUCUAUGCCUUCACCACUUUACAGGAGCGCUGGGAGGAACUAAUAGAGGAUGUGGAGCGUGGAACCGUGAGCGCCGCGCUCAAUCUAGAGCCCGACAUCAGAGCCGAACUUGAGGCCUUGAGCCGGCCUGACCCUGAGAGAGCAUCCCAGGUCCGGGCCUGCUUCAGGGACAGUUUUCGAGGGAUUGCCGGGCGCCUGUGGCCCCGCCUCAACUUGAUUCUGGCAGUUGACUCGGGCUCCAAUCAGAUAUACGGAGAGAUGCUGAAGGAGAAUUACUGCAACGGGAUCCCUUUCUACUCACCAUUUUAUGCCGCCACUGAAGGUCUGAUCGGGGUAAACCUCUGGCCCGACGAGCCCCAGCGCCGAUACCUGCUUUGUCCUCGCUCCAUGUUUUGCGAGUUCCUGCCAGAAAACCAAUUGGAGGAGGAGACUGAGGAGGGCACGUUUCUCAUGGAGGAGGUGAAGGAGGGACAAAACUACGAACUGGUGGUCACCAAUGCCGCCGGCCUCUACAGAUAUCGUAUUGGCGAUGUGGUCAAAGUGACGGGGUUCCAUAAUCGAUGUCCUGUGGUGGAGUUUCAGUACAGGCGUGGUCAGAUGCUGAACGUCCGUGGCGAGAAAGUGACGGAAGCGUUGUUCCUGGACGCGUUGAAGAAAGCUGUCUCUCAAUGGCCCGCUGCUCAGUUGCUAGACUACUGUUGUGCUGAGAGUGGAAUUAUGGGGGAUUCCAUAGGUGGCUGCGAUCCUCACUAUCAGGUCUUUUUGGAGCUGAAAGGUGUGAGGAAUCUCAGCGAGGAGCAACGCUACAAGCUGGACGAGUGCCUGCAGCAGGCGUCGGCCGUGUACCGCUCGUUUCGCAUCAAAGGCAGCAUCGGUCCCACGAGGGUGCAGCUGGUGGCGCCCGGCGCCUUUGCCGAACUACGCGAACGCAUGAUGAGCUCAUCGCUAACAUCGGCCAACACAUUCAAAAUGCAGCGCGUCCUGCGGCGGAAGGAGGACGCCCAAUUCCUCUUGGGCAAAACCGUAUCCUGAAGUGCAUUGCGGGGAAGAUCAAGAACUGUAAGAGUAAGAAGAAAAGACUCAGUGAGAAAACAGAUAUUUUUUUUCCUAAGGGAUAUCUGGACAUUUACUGUGUGGGGGUCCCACUCAGAGGUGGGUUGUAACGUGUUUUCUUAAAUUAAAAAAGUUUUCUAAGCUAUACUUUUUACUUGAGUAGAUUUGUGAAGAAAAAACGCUACUCUUACUCUGCUACUUUAGGCUACGCAAGAGCCGUUACAUUUUUUCCUCUUUAGCCUCCAUAUUAGAUUUUUUUUUCCAGCGAUGCCAAAAGUAGCUCUACCGAUUCCACCAAUGAGAAGCCGCAAUAGUAAUCACCUGACUCCAUUACACUGACACAAGCUUUGGCACCGAUUGACCAUGGAAAACCGGAGAUAUGAUCCUUUUAAUUUCAUAUUGGUAACUAUGAAGGAACUAUUCAAACUAGGAACCAUUUUCUCCACUAGAGGGCACUCAUGCUCUUUGGACAAAUAAUGCUUCAUUUCUGUCUUUUUUGUCGCUCGCCGGAAUUCAAUGUAUUUUUUUUAUUUUUUAUUUUUUUUUUGUCUUUGGCUUAAAGUGGUUAUGUAAAGGGUUAUUGUACAGUAUCAUUAUAACAACAGUUCAAAUGGGUAAGUUUAUGGUGAGAGAAAAGAAUACCAUCGUUUAAAAAAAAAAAAAAAAAAAAGCAAACAAAAAUAAACAGUUACUCACAAUGUUACUCAUUACGUGAGUAUUAUUUUCACUGGAUACUUUUUUACUUGUACUUGAGUACAUUUUAUGGAUGACUGCUUUUACUUGAGUAAUAUUUUGAAGUAAUGCUACUUUUACUUGAGUAAACAUUUUUGGCUCCUCUACCCACCUCUGCUUAUUUUUAUUUUUGCCAGAGAAGCCAACAGUGGCGCUACCAGUUUCACCAAUAAGAUGUGUACCAUUCAGAGGUAACAAUGUUUUUUUCUCCACUAGAUGGCAUUCAUGCUCUUUGGACAGGUAAUGGGUCAUAAGCCACGUUUACAUGGAGCCAAAUAUUCCAAUUGCAAUCGGUUUAGAAUGUUCAAACCGAAUUAAUGUGUUCCAUAUAAACACCUCAUUCGGAAUGAACAGGCCCAAACCGAAUGGAAUUUCAUUCCGUUUCACAGGGGUGGAAUAUUCCUUUUCCCGAACCGAUUAGAAGUAAAAUUAUAUCAUGUAAACAGGGAAGCGGAAUGGUGUCUGGUUGCGUUCUUUCUGCACAUGCUCCGUACUGACGUGGUGACAUAAUUAACGUCACUUGCAACAUGGCUUCCAAGCACACGCACAGUGCACCUAAUUGGAGUCCGGCGGAAAGUUUAUAUCCAUGAAUCCCUCCACCAGCCCACACAACUUUUUAAAUGAACGGCGUGUCAUUCUGAAGUUUUGUUUCCACUCGAAAAGUUAAAACAGCAGCUGAUCUGACGAUCGAUCUCCAUGUUUUGCAACGUGACGCUUUGUUUUGAUUAAUCUGCGCAUGUCAGACGGCAGUUGUCAAAUAUUCCUUUUGGAAUAAAGGCAGACACAUGUAAACGCUGGAUCGGAAUAGAUGAAGUGACAUGUAAACAGCUGAUCUGAAAUUUCCAUUCGGAAUUAUUUGAAUCGGUAUGAAUAAAAGUCAGCAUGUCAACGUGGCUAUAGUGUUCUGGUCUAAAUUUGAUGAUGUCUGUGUCAUCUUUUUGGCAUUAUACGGUAAUGUAAUAGGCUCAGCAAGUCAGCAGGUAUUCCGAACCAUCGGGCCGUGGAGCGUUACCAGUCCCUGGCGCAUUUGCUACCAGGCCGCAGAGAAAUGAUAAAUAGUUUGUUAUCGACCACAACCUGGCCUGUGCCCCUUGACUAGUCCGAGUAGGGAUUUGCGUUCAUCGCCCUCGAGGUGUUGGCCGCCAUUACUGGUGUGUUUGCAUAUAUAUAGCAACCCAGUGUCAAUGUAAACAGUAACGGUAGCUGCCCUUGGUUGUGUGCUGCGAACGGCGACGUCUUUCCACAGCUCUUUUACGGGGAAAAGGCCACCUGCUCAGCCAGAAGACGAGCCUAUAACCAAGUUCAUUCUGCAUAAUAUGUGGCUAAAAGCUAGCAAACAAGGCAAGCGUUUAACGCUUUUAAUGUUCGUUUUUAGCCCUCUCGUGUUAUUUUAUAUUUAGUUACAUUUUCUGCCACACAUUGCCGGCCCGUGAAGAAAAGGCCCAUCUUAAACCGGUCCGUGGUGCAAAAAAGUUGACAA